CAGGAAGAAAUAUGGCGACGGUGUAAAUGAACAAGAAAAGGGAAAAAUAGUUUCAGUUGAUAUUUGUCCAUCUUCAUCGAAAAUUUUUCUGGUACUCUGUACUCUUUCGUUUAAUAUUUCUUGAGCUAUGGCAACAACACUGGAUUUCAGGACUCAUGCCGACCAGUCUUGCAGAUAUUCAGAAGAAUUUGUCAACAUUUACUACGACUGUAUGGAUAAGAAAAGGAGGAAUUUGACCCGACUCUACCUUGACAAGGCGACCUUGGUAUGGAACGGGAAUGCGGUGUCAGGGCAAGAUGCACUGGCCGAGUUUUUUGAGUCACUGCCAUCAAGCGAGUUCCAGGUUCAAACACUGGAUUGUCAGCCAGUUCACGAACAAGCAACUCAAGGCCAGACUACUUUGCUUGUGGUGACUGGUGGGAUUGUCAAGUUUGAAGGAAACAAACAGCGCUUCUUCAACCAGAACUUUCUUCUAACAGCUCAGGCUUCACCCAACAAUGACCAGCCUGUCUGGAAGAUCGCAAGUGACUGUUUCCGUUUUCAGGACUGGAACAGCUGAGAAUCCUUUAGUAAAUGUUUUUUUCUUGAAUAAAUUCCCAUUCUUAACUACAGUUAUCUUGGAAAUUAAUGUUGCCUUUGUAUUUUUAUUUUUUUUAGAAAAUAAAAAAAUUAAAAAUC